AUGCUAGGUGUCUUAAGGAAGAGUAGAAAGAAGAGAUCGACAGGAGAAUUUCACAUCUUGGGAUUCAAAUAUACUAAUAUCUAUAUUGUCAUUCAACUAGCAACUAAUGUCGAUACAUUCAACCAACAACCGGUCGAGGGCCCGUUGCGUGGAUUACAAGUUAUUGGAACCGUUAAUGGGAAAGAAAGCAGUAUUCUGGGAUUAAACUUAGUUUACAAUGACUCUACAGACUAUCCGACCAUAAAAUCUGGGGAAAAUGAGAGGUUUACCUUCGUAUUGUUUCAGCCACCAAAAUACAAGAACUUGGAAUACCUCUCCAUAGACCCAAUUCUACUUCAAUCUGCGGAAGGAGAUCAUGGAGACUAUGAUCCAAGAGAUGAAAAACUCAAGAUAAUAAAUAAAAAGUUUAAUAACAUAGCAAAUCCGACUAUAACUGAAAAUACCCAACCAUUUAACACUGAGGUGUUAGACAUAAUCAACCAAUGCUAUCAAAUUAGAUCUUGGUAUGAAACCUGGCAUAGAUCUCUGAACAAUUUGAAAAAUCAAGAGCAUACUGGUGUGCUGGCAAAAACAUACGCAAAGAAACUACUGAGAUAUAUUAUAUUCAAGCCUUUGACAAUUAUUGUCGCUUGUAUUCAAACUAUAGCGAUAUGGUUGAUCCAUAUUUUGAAUUAUGAGUACGGGAAGAAUAAGAGAGAACCAAAUUCCCGAGGAAUUAAAAUCACUCAAUUCUCUGCUGUAUUUCGACAGUUAGAGCUUCGAUUGAAGCAAUUUAAUUAUUUUCCAAUUCAAUUCCUUUGUUACUUGGACAGAACUCUACUCUAUGACGAAAAUGAGAGCAUGAACAACAAAAAUGGCUUGAAUAAAUAUUCUUUGGCCUUAAACUUACCCAUUUUCAACUCAAAUCUAAAUAUUAACAACUCCAACUAUAUAAACUUUCAUAACUCAGUUUGGUUAAUUGUUAACGACAUCUUGUUUGGCAUGUCCAUUCAAAAGUUGAUCUUUGCAAACUAUAGUGCUAUCGCUAAAUUUAUCAAUGAAACGGCCAUCAAGAAGAUAUUAUUCGAUGACUUAUACGCUUUGAUCAGCUGGGUUUCAUUCAGACACCCUGCGGGGUUCAAAUUGAACAAUGAGUUAGGAAGAUUUGUCGGAGACCUAUUUCUUUGGACGUUGCGAUUUUGGAGAUUAUUGUGCGUUGAUAUAUUUACAAUUAGUGAGAAAGAAAGUAGUACUGGCGGAUGGUACGUAGGAGGAGGAGAUUUGGGUGAUGCAAUUAAGGAAAUUGGAGGAUUUGGCAUCAAGGGAUUCAGAGUCUUUGAUGGGAAGGGACCAUUGACUUCUCCAUUGUUCCAAACUAUCUUAUCAAUCAUUUGCCAUAUCGGAGUCCUGUUUUUAGUUGGAUUCUUAAUAGAUUAUUUGCAAAUCAUCAGUUUCCACAUCUAUUGCUUUUAUUAUACUUCAGCAAAAAUUUAUAAAAGGCAGGUUGAAAUAUUAAAAUCAUUAUUUCAGUUAUUCUGUGGGAAGAAGUACAAUGUAUUAAGAAAUAGAAUAGACAAUUUGGAUAAUUAUUCAAUGGCAGGUGGACUGGGAGAUUAUGAAGUUGACCAAUUGUUGCUAGGAACUUUGAUUUUCGUUGUCCUAAUCUUGUUGUUACCAACAAUAUUUGCAUUCUAUCUAAUGUUUUUCCUUACAAGAUUGUUAUGUUUACUUUUGAUCUACAUUGGAGAAAGUCUAUUGGUUAUAAUGAACUUUUUCCCAAUUUUCGUGAUACUCUUGAAAUUGAAGAAUUCCAAGAGAUUGCAAGGUGGCUUGACAUUCACAUUUAUCACUUCAAACGAUGAAAAUGUAACAUACUUGCAAUUAAGCAAUAAGUCUUUGACCUACAAGGAAAUAUUCAAGAAUUUUUUGAAAUUAUUCCGAAAUUCGAAGACUUUUACUCUCCAAUCCACAAUCCCCAACUUUGUCAAUGGUGACCCAAUUAGUUUGAUUCAACAGAAUGAAUUGAAAUUUAAUUAUUUGAUGCUACCCAGGAAUUACGACCAAACAAUUAACGCAUGGAACCAUUUCACAAACACCGAAAGCUGA